AUGAGACGCGGUGCAACAGUCUACUUCUCCUCCGCCAUUGCUCUGGUGCUCGCCCUUCUCCUCGCCCUCCAUCAAGCCCUGGAGCACAACGCCUUCGCCCCCUUCUACAUCUUCGACCCCGACCAUGUGCAGGCCACGUGUCUCACGUCCGUGCAGCAGAACGGCAACAACACCCAAGCAUUGGUGGCCGGAGUCGUCGACACGCUGGCAGCGGAUGAGAAGCUGCGGCCGUACUUGAAUCUGCGCGACGAAUGGAUUCUGAACAACGCCGGCGGCGCAAUGGGGGCUGUGCGUAUCGUUCAUGCUAGCUUGACAGAGUACAUGAUCGUCUUUGGCACGGCGUUGGGCACAAACGGCCACACCGGCCGACUGACAGCCGACGACUACUUCCACAUCCUCCAAGGCACCCAGCUCGCCUUCUCCGCGGGAAGCUACGAAGCCGAAGUCUACCCAGCAGGCAGCGUACACUACCUCCCUCGUGGCCAAGCGCAGCAGAUGAGCAUGCCCGGUCUCUGCUUUGCCAUCGGCUACGCUCGAGGCUGGAUUCCGGGUCUGUUUCCCCUGGGCUACGCAGAUGGCGUCUUCAGCACCGUCGACUAUGUCAGCCUCUGGGACAUGACGAAGAUUACGUUCCGUGAAGUAGUUGGAAAUUUGUUGAAGGGGAAGAUCUGA